AUCACCGGUACGGCCACCAUCUACCUCGCGCCUCAUAAAACAAAGCAAAAUCCUAAGUUGCAGUCAGACCAGUACCCUCCCUAAUCAAACCUGACCGCAGGUUCCAAUCUUUUCCCCGCGGGCUCUCGCUCGAUCGACCGGUAGCUGCCGCGGCGGCGGUCCGGAAUGGCGCCGAUACGCGUGCUCACGGCGCUGGACCACGCCCGCACGCAGUACUACCACUUCAAGGCCAUCAUCAUCGCCGGCAUGGGCCUCUUCACCGACUCCUACGACCUCUUCUGCAUCGUGCCCGUCAUGAAGAUCAUCGGGCGCGUGUACUACCCUUCGCCCGCCGGCGACGGGAGGCCGGGCGUGACGCCGCCCGCCGUCGUGUCCGCCACGGUCGGCGUCGCCCUGCUGGGCGCGGUGGUCGGGAACCUCCUCUUCGGCGCGCUCGGCGACCGCGUCGGGCGGCGGCGCGUCUACGGCCCGUGCCUGCUGCUGCUGGUGUGCAGCUCCAUCGGGAGCGGCUUCUCCAUCUGCCGCACGCGCGGGUGCGUGCUCUCCAGCCUCUGCUUCUUCCGCUUCAUCCUCGGGGUGGGCGUCGGGGGAGACUACCCGCUGUCGGCGACCAUCAUGUCGGAGUUCGCCAACAAGCGCACUCGGGGAGCGUUCAUCGCCGCCGUGUUCUCCAUGCAAGGGUUCGGGAUACUGGCCAGCUCCGGCGUCACCAUGGUCGUCGCCGCCGCGUUCGACCGGUUCACGGGCCACCCGGACCCGCUUGACACUCCGGAGGCCGCCGACCUCGCCUGGCGCGUCAUACUCAUGGCCGGCGCCGUCCCCGCCGGGCUCACCUUCUACUGGAGGAUGGCCAUGCCAGAAACAGCCAGGUUUACGGCGCUGGUACAGCGCGACGUGCUCAAGGCGACCAGCGACAUGGGCUGCGUCCUCACCGACCUCGACCUGAACGGGAUAUCCGAGGGGGAGGACGCGGCGGCCAUGCCCCGCACCCCGUCGCCGUUCGGGCACGCGCCGACGGCCCAGUACGGCCUCUUCUCGCGCGGGUUCCUGCGGGAGCACGGCCGGGACCUGUUCGGGUGCGCGGCGACGUGGUUCCUGCUCGACAUCCCCUACUACAGCAGCACCCUGUUCCAGUCGCAGAUCUACCGGCCGUGGUUCCCGCCGGCGAGCCACCAGAACGUCUUCCAGGAGGCGUACAACGUGGCGAGGUUCCAGGCCAUCAUCGCCGUCGCAUCCACCAUCCCGGGGUACUUCGCCGCCGUCCUGCUCAUCGACCGCACCGGCCGGCGCCGCCUGCAGAUGGCCGGCUUCUUCCUCAUGGCCGCGUUCCUCUUCGCGCUCGCCGGCCCCUACGACCACUACUGGCGCGGCAACGCCAAGAACGCCUGGUACAUCGUGCUCUACGCGCUCACCUUCUUCUCCGCCAACCUCGGGCCCAACACCACCACCUUCAUCCUGCCGGCCGAACUAUUCCCGGCGCGGUUCCGAUCCACCUGCCACGGGAUAUCCGCCGCCGCCGGGAAGGUCGGCGCGCUCGUUGGCUCGGUGGGGUUCCUCUGGGCGUCGCAGUCGCGUGACAGGGGAGAUGUGCAGGCCGGGUACGAGCCCGGCAUCGGCAUGAUGUACGCGCUCGUCAUUCUCGGAGCCAUCAGCCUGCUCGGGCUCGUCGUCACCUACUUCUUCACGCCGGAGACGAUGAGGCGGUCGCUGGAGGAGAACGAGAGCGAGCGGGACCAGAACCAGGACGGCGACGGCGGGAUGUGCUUCCAGGAACUAACUCUGACGCCCAAGAGCCCGGGGUCCUUGGUGAGCUCGCACGUUAGCACGUCGCCUAUCCAUCCGCACCGCUUCUCUGUCUGACGGAACUUUGAAAACAUAGCACGACGCAUAAGCAGUUCCGUUUUUGGCUACUGGCACGUGAAAUGCAGAUGUAGAUAAUCCUAAAAAGAAGAAACACAUAUGUAGAUUUUCCCGCAUGGUUGUUCCGUUUGAUUGGUUGAGAUGAGACAAAAUUGCAUAGCUCAAACUUUGUAAAGGUCUGUCGUAUGUAACUGGGCUAUGUUAUUAUAUGCAAGUUGGUGACGGUGAUUGUGG